UCACAAACAGCUGAGUUAUUUUGACAUUUGUUUGUGUGUGGAAUCGAAUUUUCUGAAAUUUCCCGUGGAAAAAUGUCUGGCCGUGAAGCUGUUAAAAGAGCCGUACAACAAGUGCGUCCCAUUUUAUCUGUCGACCGGGAUGAGGCUCGCAGACGUGCUUUGAAUUUGUACAAGGCCUGGUAUCGUCAAAUUCCAUAUAUUGUUAACGACUAUGAUAUUCCCAUGUCGGUGGAACAAUGCCGCGAGAAAUUGCGUGAGGAGUUUGUGAAACACCGCAAUGUCACCGAUGUGCGGGUCAUCGAUAUGUUGGUUAUUAAGGGCCAAAUGGAACUUAAAGAAACUAUCGAAAUUUGGAAACAAAAGGGACACAUUAUGCGUUACUGGAAGGAAUCCCAAGAUCCCAAGCCAACAGAUUUCUUGUCCAAAUUCAUCCAAGGCGUUAAUUAGAUUUGAAAUCUACACUAAAAUAGUAUAAUUUUUUCGUUAAAAAGAAACAAAAUGUUUUAAGUGAUAUUGAAGAAGUGAAUAAAAAACAACAAGAAAUCGAAAAAGGAUAAAUGAAA